GGCUCUCGAAAGGACCAAGCCAUCAUCCAAGCCUUUCUGAACCAUCGCGGGCUGCACAUGCUCGUCAGCUGCUUGCUCUCUGUCCGAUUGAGCCCGUCGAUCAAGGCGCAAGGAUGGCAGUCCUUAUGCUUGGUGCUGCAGAAUGUGAAGGAUUACACGUUUGACCAGCUCAUCCAAGAAGAGGGGGCUGCUCUUAACCAGCUCUUCUCCGAGCCAGAUCUCUCCGUCCAGGAGCACCUGCAAUCCUUUGUCUCGGCCCUGAAGACCGUUUGCACGCGCACCAGCGUGGAGAGCCUCCGAAAUUUGAUGACAGGAGAUCGCGACUUGCCGGUGUUUCGCAGGGCCGUGGCUUACGCGGCCUACGAAGAAGCUCUGGUGCGAACGCAGGCGCGCAACGCCCAGCUCUCGCUUUGGCGAACGCUCAAGCAGAACCAGGAGCUACUGUGCAUCGCCUUGGACAUUGCAAGAUCCGAGUUGCCGAUGCUCCUGUGCACCCUGUUGCGGAAGAACUGGCUCAUGAUGGCCCAAGCUUCAAUGCAGCACAACGAAUCACUCUUCCGAGUUGGGGCAGAAUGCGAAGAGGACCUCUGGGACUUUCUGGGUGAACUUCUUUCCUUGAAGCUACCAGAGAUGGCCGAGCUGAUCUCCGGCAUGGUGGUGGGAAGCGUCGUGGCCCACUUGAGCUCAUUGACUUCGAUGAAGGCAACGGCAAACCACUGGGGCAUAGCUUUUCCGAAUGUCGAGGCGAUCUCCUCGGGGCAUCUCCUUGACGUUCUGCCCUCUCCCAGUCCCUUCAGUCGAUCCUGCCAAAGUACUGCAUCUACGGCAUCCUCUUCAGGGGAACCAAGCUGCCUCCUCGUUGAAUUUACAGCUUGUGGAUUGGCAGGUGCUGCACAGGCUGCCGAGCUUUGUGCGGCACCUCCGCCCAUGUCCAAUGACCUCAAUGUGUCCCUGACACUGCGAACAGUGGCCAUUUACGCAAGAACACUUCGCGAGAUAGGUAUUGGUUGCGCACUGAUGCCGAUCAUUGAGCUCCUCCUUUUACCAUCCGUGCCUUCCAAACAGAUCGAUGCAAUGGAACAGCUUGCUGGUGGCUGGGUCACUGAGGACAGUGCAAUUGCGUUCGCUGAGGAGUUUGCUGCCCGGGCAAUGGAAGAUUGGGCUUUGCAACCGCAAAUAGAUGAUGAGCUCUCCGAGGAGGAGAAGAAGACUCUUUUGGAGCAAGCCAAGAAGCACCGUGAUGAGUAUUGGCAGAAGGAGUUGCGCACUGCAGCUGCGAUGACCGGGCGCAACAUGGUGCCCAAUCCCUUUCGGGAGGCCUUCCUGGCCAUGCUGGAUGUCACAGCUGGUAUGUCGGAAUCGCUCACGUUUCGAGCCAAUUGCAACCUGAAGUCUGUCCAGUCGGUGGACGGAAAGACAGCCGCCAGCAUUGCGAUGACCGAGCUUCAACUCACGUAUCCUCAGCUCCUGGAGGAUACGAGGGUGCUGAAGCACGGCACGGUGCCCAUCAUUGAGGAGCCAGAGAAAGCUCCAACGAUUUCAAGUUGGGCAGAAGGACUCGCCUGGUUUCUUCAGGUUCGGUGCACCGCUGUUCCAUGCCGUUUUGAACGCCGGGCAGUUGAACGCACCCUCCCAAAGGGGUGAGGGUGUUUUGGGGGACUUUGGGGAGUGAUAUGGGGGCCUAUGUAAGCUCAAGCUGGGCGUCUUUGGAGUCAUUUUGGAGUUCCCUGAGGUGGGAGCUAAUGGCUGCACCUGAACACAUCGUUGUGAGGGGUACAUGUGGCCCGUCGUCCCAUAGGUGGACGGUACUCGCUGCGGUGUCACACAGCUGGGCAGGCUGGGGGCGACGUUGAAAUUCCGCCUUCAGCCAAACCCGACGCCGUAGCCGUGCGAAAUGACCAGAUCAUAGCUUUAUCGAAG